AGGAAAGCGCAGUCAGUCCACCUGUAUUAAGCGAGACAGCAAUGCCAUCCAAAGGCAAGAGAAUUGGAUAUUUUCUAAGUGAGAAGAAGAGGAAGAAACUGAAUUUUCAAAAUUUUACAGACCUGUGCAGAAAAAGAGGGCUUGAAGUAGUUAAGAUUGAACUGAAUGCUCCACUGGUGGACCAGGGUCCAUUUGAUGUGAUUAUCCACAAAAUCUCUGACCUGAUGCUAGAGUCUGACUAUGACAUACAGUCAUUUCAUAUUGUCCAACAUUUUCAGGAAUACAUGGCUGCCCAUCCCAACACUGUUCUUCUUGAUCCUCUACCAGCAAUGAAGAAGCUACUUGAUCGUUUUCAGUCAUACAAACUGAUCCACAGCCUGCAGGCUCUCUGUCCAGGUGAUUCUAUUUGCUCCCUGCCUUAUGUGGAAAUAAAUUCUUCUGAUUAUGAGGAGCUUCAGAAGUGCCUAAGAGAGUCAUAUCUUACAUUUCCUAUUAUUUGCAAAACAAGAGUAGCCCAUGGGGAAAGCUCUCACAAAAUGGCGCUGAUAUUUAAUGAAGAAGGUCUGCGGGACAUAACACCACCUUGUGUGUUGCAGAGUUUUAUCAACCAUAGUGCUGUUCUAUAUAAAAUCUUUGUUGUGGGGGAAUCCCACUUUGUGGUGAAGAGACCAUCUUUGAAGAACUUCCCUGCAGGAAAAUCAGAAAGAAGAACAAUAUUUUUUAAUAGUCAUGAAGUCUCCAAGCCAGAGUCCAGCUCCCACUUAACAGAGGUGAGUGCCUUUGAAGGAGUGAUGGAACAGCCAACUGCUGAUGUAAUUAAGACGAUUGUGAAUGAGCUCCGUACCUUACUGGGGAUGUCACUGUUUGGAGUUGAUAUCAUUAUCAGUAACCAAACAGGCCAACAUGCUGUGAUCGACAUUAAUGCAUUUCCAGGCUAUGAAGGUGUCCCAGAAUUCUUCUCUGCAUUGGUGGAUCAUAUUGAAAUUCUGCUGGAAAAACAAAAACAGAACAUCUAUGUGGAAGCAUCGCCUGUAGAAAACAUCCAGUGCAUGAAACAUCCUAGUUUACACCAGAAAGUGCUGAGCAGCAAGGAUCUGGGUUCUCUGCCUGUUUCCAAGGAAUUAUGGCUUCCAGAAACCUGUCCUGUAGGAAACAUGAAGUUCCAGCAACCAGAUAAUAACUUCUACUUUGGUCUGGAAGUUGCCAGUGUUGUUUCAUUUCAACUGUCAUGAAUGCUCAGGGCAGAAGAACGUAGUUUAUAUAAAAUGCAAUUAUAGUUACAUCCAAAAGGCACAGCAUGCAUGUGUGCACUGGAUUAUGGAGGAUCAGGAAAAUGAGAAGCUUUUUAUACUUGAAAUAAACUUUUAUCCUCAGCUUACAUACUACAAGGAAGAGAUAUGGGCAGGGAAUUCAAUAAUAGUUACUUAAUUUGUAUCAGUAUUGAAACCAAAAAUUACUAUUAUUUACCCAAAUAACUAAACAAUUGCAUUUAAGAACAAAGGUAGUGCUGUGAAAAAUGGAUGUGGGGUUGUUUAUCACACUUAGACUGAAUAAACAGCAGCACAAUAAGAGGGCAGUGGGUAUCAGUGAGCCGAAUGUCAAGUAUAUCCUUGCACAAGUAGACCCAAGAAGCUAAGAAGUAAUGCUCCUACUAGGCCAUAGUAGGACUACACCUUGAGUAUCCUUUGCAAGUUCUACAGGCCAUUCAAGAAUACGGACCUCAGACUACUAAAAGAAAUCCACAGCAAAGCCAUGAGAAGCAUGUGUAGGAUGGCAGGGAAGUGAUAUGACUAGAGUCAAGCGUGGGUAAAGUUCUUGAUUGUUUUUAUUUAUUCACUUAUUCACACUGUUUAGAUACAUAUUUCCUAGACAUUAUAUUAAGUUGCACAAAAGCAAAAAACAAAAUAUUAAAAGGUUGUAUAUGUAAAAGUCCUAACUGGAGAAACUCUUAAAUAAAAGGUAGUUAGGUUAAAAAAUGAAGACAUCAGAAAUGGAUAUGUUACUAUUAUAAGAAUCUAGACAGAGUCCCCUAAAGAUGACACUACAGAGACGUUUUAAAGUAAUACCUAGCACUGUAUUCUCAUUUCACACAUCUGGAGUGAAGUAAACAAAACAUAGGCUGCUAGAUGUUUCAUAAGGAGACAUGAAACCACCAACAGCCCAUCAUAUGACUUGAGAUGCCUAGCUGAGGCAAAGGGUCUUGUCAACUCUUUUAGAUAAGCAGGAGUCAAGUUGUUAAGGACAAACUAGAUGAAAAUUAAGAUUUUAAAUGCACAUCUAGCUAAAGGUGGCAGCUGGUGCAAAUCCCACAGGACCAGUGUGUUAUAGCUGGCUCAGGAUUUACUUAUUAAUAACCCGGCUGCAGAAAGCUGUACCAACUGCAAGUGUGCCAUAUUACCACACAGAGGCUCAGAACAGAGAGCAUUCCAGUAGUCUGUUCAAAAUAUAAGCAAGGCUUGAAUCAUCAUCACUAACACUGAACUUUGAAUAAGGUACAUUUUCUCAUGAAAAUAUGACAUGGGUACAAAAAUCAUGUGAGGAACAUGUGAAGGGAUCAUUAGGAACCUAAGGGGGCAUAGGGGAUGUAAGGCACAAGCUGCAGAUUGUUGGGACAAUUGAUUUCCAGGAAAAAUAUUUUUUUCAUUCUAAGGGCUGCCCUAUGAAAUGAUUACCAGAAUGAGUAACUGAAGGGGAAUCCAUAAAGGUUUUCAAAAGGGGCAUGGGGCAGAUGGAAAAGGGGCGAGGAGAAGCAUAGGGAUGGAAAAGAAGUAGCAUGCUGAGUACAAUUUAAGGGCAGAAAGUAUAUAUUUAUUUUCACCUUCUGCUAUCAACCAAAUCUGCUGUCACGUACUGUUUAGUAGUUUACAUGAACACUAAAGGCUGCAUGUUGCUUUUCUUCAAAUCGCUAAUAUUUUUAUGAAAAAUUUGUGCUUAAUAUGCACUUAAUGUGCAGCCAAGAAUUCUCCAAUAUGCUAUGAAAUAACUCCUUUCCAUUGGUAGAAUGGCAACAAACACACAAAGAUACUUGUGUAGGUAUAACCCUGAAGCACAAUAAUAUGACAAGAUAUCAUAUGUUUGAAGUGUAAUAUCAUGUAACUGGACUUGCUAACUGAAUAACAUACCUCUCAAAAUUUAGUACAACACAGAGUUACCUAAGUAAAAGGAAUUCCUUGCAUUUUUACUUAUUUAUCAUAAUUAUUGCUGAAAACUGUUUGGUUCAUAGUUUGAUUCUUGCCUUUGCUGCCUUCUGCUCAGAAUCUGUGUAUCCUUCCUGUGUUUUCAUGUGUUUUCUCUGGUUGCUCUGGCUUCACCAGGCUUCUCUCACAUCCUGAAGACAUGCAGGUAGGUAAAUUUCAAAUCUACUAAACUGAUCCACAAAGCAAAAUAACCAUCUCUUGCAAUUAAGUGAAAAGUCUUUUAUUUCACCAUAAAACACAAGACUUCAUUAAAUAAAGGACUUUUGACUUGGUCAUGAUUGAUGGUUGUUAUGCUUUUUGGACUUACUUUUAACAAGCGCUAUCAGCAGUGUGCACUUUUUCAUCAGUUAAAUCUGUUACGCUGACCACAACUAUUUGUGCAGUGUGUGUGUGUGUGUGUGUGUGUGUGUGUGUGUGUG